AUGUCGGGACUCAGUUUCUAAGUUUAGACUUGUUUGAAAGAUGAUUGCUUGGACAUAAAGCAAAUGUCAGCAAUUUACAAAUAUGUAAAGCCAAUUAAAUAACUUGUCUUCUAGAAGUGGAAUCAGUGGAACAGAAAUCAUGGUCUCGAUACAACAACUUAGGAAUCGGGGUUGGGGAGAUCUAGAUUUACGAUCUUAUCAGUUGCAUGGAGUAAAUUGGUUGAUUGGUUGCUAUAACAACAAACAUGGAUGCAUCCUUGGUGAUGAAAUGGGAUUAGGAAAAACAUGUCAGACAAUAGCAGUUUUAGCAUAUCUGCGUAAAACACCAACAGUUUCCCCUCAUCUAGUGGUUUGUCCAAGAGCUGUUCUAGAAAACUGGCAAGUUGAAUGUAAGCGAUUUGCUCCUCAACUGAAAGUGACUGCUUUAAUCGGAGCAAAAGAUUACAGAAAAGAAUUAUGUGAUGACUUAAAGAAGAAAGCCAAAUCAGGGGAAUACCCCUUUGAUGUUUUACUUACCACGUAUGAGAUUUGUUUAAAAGAUCACAGUUUUCUACAGAGUAUACCAUGGCAUAUUUUAGUUGUUGAUGAGGCUCACAGGUUAAAAAAUCAUCAAUCUCUUCUUUAUACUACACUUGAACAGUGGGAUGUAUAUCAGACUAUUUUACUAACAGGGACACCAGUACAGAAUAAUUUAGCAGAACUUUACGCUUUACUAAGUUUUGUUGACAGGAAACAGUUCCAGCCUUCGAAAUUAGAUCAGUUUGUGGAGAAAUAUUCUAAACAAGAAAAUAAAGAAAUUGAAGAGUUGCAUGAAUUGUUAAAACCAUAUUUAUUACGAAGAACAAAGUCUGGUGAAUUAAAAGAUUUACCGAAUAAAUCAGAAGUCAUUUUAUACCAUGGUCUAUCACCAUUACAGAAAAAACUUUAUAAAGCCAUAUUAAUUAAGGAUUUAGAUGUAUUUGAUAAUUCAAAUCCGAAUGUGAAAUCUACCAGUUUAAUGAAUAUUUUGAUGCAACUGAGAAAAUGUGUGAAUCAUCCCUACUUAUUUGAUGGAGUUGAACCUGAACCGUUUGAACUGGGAGACCAUUUAAUAGAGGCUAGUGGGAAAUUAGUCUUGAUUGACCAGUUAUUAGGUCAUAUGAAGAGAAAUGGUCAUAAAGUAUUAAUGUUUUCACAGAUGACCCACAUGUUAGAUAUAUUACAAGAUUAUCUGGGAUAUAAAGGUUAUACAUAUGAAAGAUUAGAUGGAUCAGUCCGAGGUGAAGAGAGAUUUCUCUCCAUACAGAAAUUUAAUCAAAACGAGGAAACAUUUGUUUUUCUUCUCAGUACCAAAGCAGGAGGACAGGGUAUUAAUCUGACUUCAGCUGAUACAGUGAUAUUUGUUGACAGUGAUUUUAAUCCACAGAAUGAUUUACAAGCUGCUGCCCGAGCUCACAGAAUCGGACAAAAAAGAGCAGUGAAAAUCAUCCGUCUGAUUGGUCGUCACAGUGUAGAAGAAAUUAUAUUAAAACGAGCCGAAGAUAAACUAAAAUUAACAGAGAAAGUUAUUGAGAGUGGACAGUUUGCGUUAGGAAAACAACCAUUAUUCGCUUCAAACAAAUCAGAGCUACAAGAUGUGUUAAGAUUUGGAGCAGAGAAAUUAUUGAGUGAUGAAGAGGAUAAAGAAGAUGAUUUUAGAAAGAUUCUUGGACCAACACUUGAAGGGGAAUGGACGCUGGACGAAGACAAAGAUGUUGAAUCAUUGGAGUUAGAAGAAGGAAUAGAAGAUGGACCACAGAGUAUGUACAUGUUUGAAGGUACAGAUUACAGUAAUGAACCAACAGCCGAAGAUAGAAAAGCUUUUGAUGCACUUAUAGAAGCUGAACGUAAAAUAUUAGAAAGUCAUGUGACUGGAGAACGAGCAAUGAGGAAAAAGACAUCUGUUUUAAUUGGAGCGUUACCAGAGAUUAUACGAAAACCACGAAAACAACUAACACCACAACAAUUAGAGGAAAGAAAGAUAAAGAGAAAAGAGGCAGCAGAAAAGCGAGCUAAAUUAGCAGAAGAAAAGGAAAUUAGACGAGCUCAGGAACAACGUAGAAUGAAAUUUGAUAUGUGGAAAUCCAUGAAGUAUUCAACAUGUAAUAUAGCUAUAGAUAGUGAAGAUGAUGAAGAUGGAGAUGAUGGUGAAGAUGAAGAUGAUGUUAGUGACGAUGAGACGACACAGAGAUCUAUAAAAUAUGUCAGUGGUGACGUCACUCAUCCUAUUGACACUGACAAUAAACACAACAUCAUUGUACAUUGUGCAGAUGAUUCUGGACGAUGGGGUAGAGGAGGUUUAUUUUCUGCAAUAUCAUCACGUUCACCACAACCAGAGAAACAGUAUGUGCUGGCUGGUAAAUGUCAAGAUCUAGCUCUAGGAGAUUGUCAUCUGAUUAAUAUAGAUGAUAUAGAAGGAAGGGAAGAUGGUGAAGAUCUGCUUGGUUUGAUUAUAGCACAACAUAGAGACAAGAGAAAUAAUUUAUCUGGUAUCAAAUUAUCAGCUUUACGACUCGGACUCGAGAAAAUAUAUGUAGUUGCUAAAGCUAAAAAAGCCAGUGUUCAUCUACCUAGAAUAGGUCAUGAUACCCCCGGUUUUAAUUGGUAUGGUACAGAACGUCUCAUCAAUAAAAUACUUACAUCUAGAGGCAUACCAACAUACAUUUAUUAUUUUCCACGUAAACAUUCUUUAAAGAGAAAACCAUCUUCUAACAGUGAGAGUAAUGAAAGCAAAGUCCAGAAAAAAUCAACAAAUGACAGAUUGAGUUCAUCACCAGAACCAAGUACAUCCUCAAGUCAUCAGAAUUCAACCAAUAAUGAUGAAGAUAACAACCGGAAGAAAUCAACCAAUGAGGAGUUGUCUAGUAUAUUUGAAGAUCAGUUGAUUGUUCUCCAUGGUUUACCAGAAGAUAAAGAGAAACAUUAUAAACGAUAUAUUGUUGCUUAUGAUGGUGAUAUCGGAAGUAAGGUUACAGAUUAUACCACACAUGUUGUUGUUCAAGAUUCUGCAUCAACUGAGGAUAUUGCCAGUGUAAGAAAACAGAAUAGCUCCGUAGCCAUAGUAACAACACAGUGGUUAGAUGAUUGUUUAUCUAAGAGAAGAUAUUUACAUACUGAAUCAUAUUUAGUAACUGAACAUUGAAAAAACAAUUAAUGUCAAAUUGGUGUUAGUUUUUCUAAAACAACAUUUUAUGCACGAGCAGUAUCCCUAUAUAUCAGCAGUUGCCAACCUUUUGUUUGGUGUGCGACCCCAUUCCAGAAACCAUCAUCUGAUCACGGCCCCUCAAAGAAAAAAGUCACCUUUACAAUUUGGCAACUUAUUGUUUACACUUUUACAGUUAUAAAAAUUGAGCAAAGACGAUUGACAAUAUGACAAGAGAUGUAUGGUAUAGAUCAGGGAAUUAUAUGCAAUUCAUGAAAACAUAGCAUUUUUUCAAAAGUUUCAUAGUAGUCUGCAACAACCCCAUGAAAAGUGCUUGGCAAUCCCAGCUGGGGUCGCAAACCCAGAGGUUGGGAACUCAGGACUUAUAUUAAGAAACAUUUUUAUUUGCUAAAAUUGAAUAGAUAAAAUAUAAUAUUUUAUAACUUCCAGUUUUUCAGAAAAUAUGAUUUGUUAUUCUCAAAUUGUGAAAUAUUGAAAAAAAAAACCUUGUUUCAUAUAAUUCUUUUACACCCAGAUCUGAGUUUCUUUAAGAGGAACUUUUUUUAAAAUCUCCUAUAACAAGAAAUAUCUUGAAACUUGUGAUAAUUAUAAAUGUUGAGAUACCCUAUAUAGAAAGUAUUAUGACAUAUAAGUUCAAAUUGUAUUAAUCGUUUUGUAACAAAUCUAGUGCAUGAGUUUUCUGGACCACAGUUGCCAUUUUUAUUGAGAAGUCCCCAUAGCUAAUGGUUCUUGUUUGUUGUAUUUAAAAGAUGACCAACAAAAUAAAUGUUUCAUUUUAUUUCAUCAAGAGGCAGCAAUAAUUUUGUAUUUUUUCAUUUUAUUUUUAUUAUGUUUUAUAUACCAACAUUUGGUGUGUGGGAGUAUGUUAUUUUCACACCUGUCUGUGCAUCAACCAUUAUUUUAAAGUCUCUAAAGGUUAAAGUUUGGAGGUGGUUUGAAUUGGAUUGUUUACCUUGUUAUCAGUCAACAUGAAAUAUUUCUGUAGUAUAGGCCUACAGGUCACAAUUCUAUGGAAUACAAUUACUGAGCGAUGUUUCGAUUAGGCUUCUCUAGUCAUUAUCAAGCAAUAACGUCGCUCAGUAUAAGCUGUAAUUGUACAUGUAUUCCAUAGAAUUGUGACCUAUAUACUCUAGUACAUUUAUUAAAUGUCAUUGAAACAAUUGAAAUAUUUCUAGUCAUUAGAAAUCUGAACCCUGUAAAGAGGUGAAUUUAGUACUAUACUGACUGGACUUAUGUUACAGUAUUUUAAUAUGGCAAUAUAUUUCAUUACAAAAAUCUUCAGCCAGGUUUCAAACUUACAUCUGACAGAUAUCUAAUAUAUCACUUCAAAUCAUCUACCUUUUUAGUAAGGCCAGCCAUAACUUGAUAUGGGUUUGCACCUGCAAGGUUAACAAGGGAGGUGUACCUAUUUGUGUAGAUGGGACCAAUAAAAAAACGAGGUUUAUACACGUAAGGGAACCCUUGUCGUCUACUUAAAAUUCUAUGUCACAUUUCACACCUAACCAUAGAAAUAAAAACAUUUUUGUCACAUGGGGGGUUGAGUGGUUAUCAUGUGUGCGCUGUAUCAUAAGGUCUGUCACUGAGUCAACUGGCGUGGUUUUCAUUCCCUGGUUGUAUGUGACAAGGAGUAGAGUCGCCUGUCCAACCUCAUGGGUUUUCUCUGGGUCCUCCGGUCUCCUACCAUUACUAAAGACCCCUACACGGAAGAGAAUUAUUGAAAUAAGAUUAAACAGUAUGUUAGUCCCGAAAUUACCUAGUUUGUUUCAAAUGGACGUCAAACCCCAUUUCUCUCUCUCUUUUUUUGUCACAUAACGAAGGAAGUAUCGAAUUGACAAGACAUUAAAACCCAUUCCAAAUGUGUGGUUAUAUUUUUGUUAUAUAUAUAUAUAUAUUGUUAUUUCAUAAUUAAUCAUUGUCUAUGUGUGGUAAUACUUCUGUUAAAAUAUGUAUUGUUAAUUUAAAUAUUAUGGAAAAUAUUGAGUUAGCUCCUUUAAAGUUACAAUUUCAUAUUUUCUAAGAAAGUCAAAACAUAAUUAUUUCUAUGUCUUUUGCUCAAUAGGUUGUCAACUCACUAUUAUACAAUCAUAGGUUAUCUUUCUGACACUUAAAAAUCUUCACACCGAAAAUAAUAACACAAUUACCCCCCUUGUUUUCCUAUUCCCCACCAUGGAAUAGCUAUCUUCAAACGUUUGAAUUUGAAGUUGAAAAUGAUAUUUUUGCCAAUUUCUCAACUGGCAAUAGUGAAUUCUAGGAUUAAUAGGAUUAUUCUUUAACAAGGUAGGACUGUUUAUAGAUACCAUGUAUUUUAGGACUUUAUUUUAAUACAUUUUAAAAAUAUAACUUAAAAAUAUGAAAUUGUAACUUUAAAGUAUGUAUUGUCAUUUCAUAAAUAAACAUUGUCUAAUAAAACACAA